AUGAAUGCAAUAGUUGAUAGGAUCACCAUUAUUUUAACAAUAGCAUUGUGUAUGGUUUCUAUAAUUCAAAGAUCUAGAUGGUAUAAAAGAUGGAUCCAAAAUUUUAUUGAAAAUGGUAUAUUAUUAAGAAAUGCUGGCCACCAUUGGUUUCGAAUAGAUAAUGGGAUUAUACUGGAAAGUCCUGGUUUCAAGAUGACAGAAAAGAAAGUUAUUUCAAAUUUUAUAAACCGUGAUAGUGCAAUUUCAUUCAAUGAACUGAGAGAGACAUUGUUUAAUCUGAAAGGUUAUAGGGAUGCAUGCAUAAGACAUAAUAAUACAAAGCUGACACGGUUUAAAGAAUUGGAUGAAAAGCAAAGAAUACAACUGAUUGAUAUCGGUUAUAUUAGGAAAAUCCAAGAAGUAGAAUCUAGUAUUAACCGUGAUUCGAAUGUUGUUAAUAAAAUCAUAGAGACAACCCUUCAUCAACUUUAUAAAGAUAAUAAGAAUAAUGAAUCAUCAGAAUAUAUGAGACUUAUCAUUGAAUUGGUUCGAAGUCUAGGAUAUGAUAUGAACUCAAAUGGUGAAAUUAUUACAUUAAAAGAAAAAAAUGGAAAGCUACAUUAA